AAUUGUACGAGCUCUAUUUCUUUGCAAAGAAAACAAUAACAACCGCGAUAAUGAGCUUUCGCAAACGUAAUGCAGAUCAACAACCCAAACUUCCUCCAGGCUCGCGACUCAGUGCUUACAAUGGUCAACUUUUGAUUUCCACCGGCGUCCCUUCACUCGACGACAUUAUAGGUGGCGGCUUGCCUGUCGGCACCGUGCUACUGAUCAAAGAAGAUCGUGCCACGACCUAUGCACAGCUUUUGCUCAAGUACUUUUUAGCCCAAGGCAUGGCGUCCGGUCACCAUUGCGCCUUGGCAUCGCGUGACGAGGAGGCAGACGAGCUACUGCGCAAUUUAAUGUGGUUAGCAACUUCCGGUGCCAACGACGAUGACGACGAUCAUGAUGCAGCAGCAAAAAGUGCAGCGCGAUCCAACGCCGAAGGAGAUCGGUUGAAGAUUGCUUGGCGUUAUGCACACUUGAAAAAGUUUGAGACAGGUGUUCGACAAGCAUCACCUUCGCCACAGCCACAAACUCAGUCGUCUACAUCUGGUGGAGAUGGCAAAUCUUCGGCUAGUAACGGUGAGCCAAAGCCUUACUGCAGUCUUUUCGACCUCACAAAGAAAAUUCCUGAAUCAGUAUUGGAAGAAACCAAACCAACUGUGCUGGAUAAUGCGGAUGGUGAGGACGAUUAUGCAACCUUGUUGGAAAAUAUCCGCAAAUUAAUCUUGGAAAACAACUUCAGCUCGGCUAUACCCGCAAAGCCUAAUACUAUGCGAAACGUACUACGAAUUGGUAUUCAUUCCUUAGCAUCACCAAGCUGGCAGAACAAAUCUUCUUGUGACUUGUAUAAAUUCUUCCAUGCGUUGCGUGGUUUGCUCCGAUUCUCUUUUGGCGCUGCUGUAGUCACAAUUCCGGCGUACUUGUAUGAUGAAGCGCCUAAUUUUGUUAAGCGAAUUGAACAUAUGGUUGAUGCUGUAGUUGAAGUGGAAUCUUUUGCAGGUUCCAUGGUACAUAACGACGCUCCCUACACCCAAAACUAUCAUGGCUUCUUUUAUGUACAUAAGCUACCGGUACUCAACUCGCUAUUGCCACCCAGUACCAAAUUGUCUGUUUUGUCUGCAGGUGGAAGCAAUGACCUUGCUUUCAAACUUCGUCGGAAGCGAUUCGCUAUUGAAACAUUCCAUCUACCACCUGAAGGCGGCGUCAGCGAGCGACGAACGGAGCCACCGCCAUCCAGCGAAACCAAGAAAAAACAACCCAAAAAGAUUGGCUGUGGAUCAACGCCAGGAAAGACGGAUCCAUUAGAAUUCUGAGUAUAUGAAUAGAACCCAUGCUUGUCAUGAAAGACGGAAGGGCAGACUUGAUACGUAUAUACUUGUGA